UAACAAGGUGUUUGAUAUGAUGAUUGAUUUGAUGAGGAGAGCCCUCCCAGAUGGAGAGACAUUGCCUAGAUUGUAUUAUGAAGCAAAACGGGUUAGGCAAGGCUUGGGUUUUAGAUAUGAGUCGAUACAUGCAUGCAAGAAUGAUUGUGUGCUUUUUUGGAAGGAACAAGCUGAUAAAGAAGAAUGUCCACAAUGCAAAACCUCAAGAUGGAGUAAUGUCAAAGGUAGCGGUAAGAAAAUCCCUCAAAAGGUCUUACUGUAUUUCCCAAUAAAACCAAGGUUGCAACGAUUGUUUAUGUCAAAAGAUACAGCCAAGAAUAUGAGGUGGCACAAAGAUGAACGGCAACAUGAUGACAAUGCCCUAAGACAUCCAACCGAUUCUAUUGUGUGGAAAGAAUUUGAUAAAGAGCAUGAUUGGUUUGCUCAAGAUUCCCGCAACGUGCGGCUUGGUUUAGCAAGUGAUGGUUUUAACCCAUUUGGUAAUAUGAGUACAUCAUAUAGCAUAUGGCCAGUAGUACUUAUGCCAUAUAAUUUACCUCCGUGGAAGUGUAUGAAGGAUCCACAUAUAAUGUUGUUGUUACUUAUCCCUGGGCCUACAGCACCCGGAAACGAAAUUGAUGUGUAUUUGCGACCGUUGGUGGAUGAUUUGCAUGAAUUAUGGAAUGAAGGCGUAAUCACAUACGAUGCGUUGACGCAACAAACAUUUAAAUUGCAUGCGGCAUUAUUAUGGACUAUAAACGAUUUUCCUGCAUAUGCAAAUUUAUCUGGGUGGUCUACUAAGGGAAAGCUUGGAUGUCCAGUAUGUAACAAGGAUACAACAUACAAAUGGUUGAAGUAUGGUGGAAAGGUGUGUUACAUGGGUCAUCGCCGUUUCUUACCUCAAGGCCAUGUAUGGCGGAAAAACAAAUCAUUGUUCGACGGUACUGAGGAGCAUAGAAUGAAACCUAAAGAAUUGUCUGGUGAUCAACUGUUACAACAACUAAUGCAUGUUACAGAUGUGCAGUUUGGAAAAGUAUGUGGAACAAAGAGGAAGCGCACAGAUGAUGAGUUGAAUUGGAUGAAGAAAAGUAUUUUUUUCAAAUUGCCUUAUUGGUCAACACUGAAACUAAGACGCAAUUUAGACGUCAUGCAUAUUGAGAAGAACAUAUGUGAUAGUGUCUUGGGUACAUUGAUGAAUAUUGAUGGAAAGACAAAGGACACGGCCAAGGCACGAAUGGAUUUGUAUGAGAUGGGUAUACGCAAAGAAUUGCACUUGCAGACAAAUGGUGCAGCUCGAUCAAUGCUACUUGCAAAGUACACCUUGACACAAGAUGAGAAGAAAACUUUAUGUGAUUGGCUGAAAGGUGUGAAGUUUCCUGAUGGGUAUGCAUCUAACAUCGGUCGAUGUGUGAACAAGCUUCCUAGUAAGAUUUCGGGAAUGAAAAGCCACGAUUGUCAUGUCUUCUUACAGUGUUUACUCCCUAUUGCAAUAUGUGGAUAUUAAACAACCGAAAUACGUACAACAUUGAUUGAGCUGAGUAACUUUUUUAAGCAACUGUGUGCACGGACAUUGAAAUUAGAUGUCUUGAAGCAAAUGAAGGACAACAUUGUCGUGAUUCUAUGCAAGUUGGAAAAGAUUUUUCCGCCUGCAUUUUUUGAUAUUAUGGUUCAUCUAGCUGUUCAUUUACCUCGAGAGGCUGAGCUUGCUGGACCAGUACAAUACCGUUGGAUGUAUCCAGUGGAAAGAACACUUGGUAAAUAUAAGCGGUUUGUGCGGAAUAGAGCACGCCCAGAGGGGUCAAUUGCCGAAUGUUAUUUAUCUGAUGAGUGUUUGACAUUUUGCUCCUCUUAUCUUCGUGGGAUUGAGACAAGAUGGACUCGUGAAGAGAGAAAUGUUGACAGAUGGCUAGAGGAAAGGAGUAUAGGCUUGGAUGUGUUCUCUCAACGAGUUCGACCUUUGGGAGUAGCAAAAUUUGUAACACUUGAAGAGAAGGUUUUCACAAGGGCUCGAUGGUAUGUUCUUAACAAUUGUAAGGAAACUGCUUCGUACUUGGAUGAACACUAUCAAAAGGUUAGUGGAGAAUCCAGCCUUCACAUUGAGAAGAGGCAUGAAGCCGAAUUUGAACGUUGGUUUCAAAAUCGUAUAUGUGGGAGCAAUGCGGCGAAUGUUUCAAAACAAUUAUAUGAUCUUGCAUGCGGGCCUAAUUAUCUAGUUAGAUCAUACAAAGGUUGUAUUGUGAAUGGGGUUAGGUUCCACACAACAGAAUGUGAACAAACUCGUACUACUCAAAACAGUGGUAUUGUUGUUCGAGGUGAGCAUGGCACGUCGAAUAUUGAGUUCUAUGGUGUGUUGAGGAACAUUUUGGAGUUACGUUACCCGGGCCCAAAUCACGUAUAUUUGUUUGAGUGCGAUUGGUGGAACACUGGGAUUAGAACGGGAAUGCAAACAGACCAAUACUUUAAAACUGUAAAUACUUCUCGUACAUGGUAUGAAUCUGACCCGUUUAUCUUAGCAUCUCAAGCUUCACAAGUAUUUUACUUGAAUGAUAUCAAAUUGGGUGGUAGUUGGAAAGUGGUGCAGAAGAUGACUCAUAGAAACAUAUAUGAUAUUCCAACAAUACUAGAGAGAGAUAAUGAAGAAGAGGACCAAGGAGUCAGUGGUGAGGUACACCAGGAACGUGAAUGUGUUGGGGGUAAUGCCAUUACUGUAGAAGCAAAUAACGAAGACUCAAAUUUGUUAUGAAGAGAUGACGUGGAACCUAUCCCAAUAGCUGUUGAUGAAGUAUAUGUGGAACUUGAUGAAAACAUGUUCAAUGACGAUAACUUGUAUAAUGAGGAACAUGAUACAAACUCCGAUGAUGAAGAAGAGUUGUCAAGUAAUGAAAACACAGACUCUGAACACGAAGAGGAGUUUUCGAGCGACACUGAUACAAACUCUGAUGAUGAUAUGUGUUGAAUAUAUUUCAUUUUGGUAAAUGGUGGCACGAAAAAGGAGAGCAAGGGGAGGCCCAGGCCAGGGCUGGGGCCAAGCCCAUAUUAAUCAUCAUGGCUCAUAAUCUCCCAUUGAGGAAAGUGAAGAUAUGGGUACAGACUCACCGAUGACUAAUGCAGUGCAUUCAGCGGCUCAGUCGAGUUCACAGGGAUCUAUCCCAACUA